UAGUAGAUUCAAUCCCAUGUCUGUUUAUCACCGAUGCAGUGGACGUCUCGACCCCCGCGGUCCUCAUCUGAUCUCAGUUGUUGUCGGUUGUUGCUCAGCCUCAGCCCUUGUCUGCAACAUCCUCCGUGAUCAUGUCUGUGGCGAUUGAUUCCAUCUUGUGGUGUUCUGUAGCAAUAUAUAAGAGCCCUUCAAACAAUCUCUACAUCUCACCAACUGUUCGCCUUCCAUCAUUCUCCCCUUUAACGCGCCGAACUGCCUCAAGGCUGUGUGCUUUGUUCACAAUAUCAAAGUAUCUAGUUGCGCCAGACUCUGCGCUAUCAGCCCGACCCACCCUUCUCCUUGACUCAGAUUUCGUCUUGGGAGUUAUCGACUGAUGGUAUCAGCGCCCGAAUCAGUCCUGCAGCACGCAGCCUUGCAUGCCCAACUCCUCAGUACCAUCGCUAGUCUGGACUAUGUCACACCCGCCCUGGCGGAACAGAACCGGCAUAUCGAUGGACUCGAGCAGAAGCUGCGAGACACGAAGUUCAGGGUCACGAGGCUCGAGAUGGUGACGAAGAAGGAGCGCAAGGAGCAUGAAUCGUUGAGAGACUCGACGACGCGGAGGUUUGCUGCACGGAUGACGGGAAGAAAGGACAAGUUCGAGGCUAAAGCGAGUAAGGAGGAGAGGGAAUAUGUCGAGGCGCUCGAGAACGAGAUGAGGGAGAAGAAUAUACAAGAGACCGUGGAGACGCUACUCGCGGAGGCUCAUGUCGUGCACGAAGAUCUGCAGCAAAAACUGCAGCAACAUCAGCGCGCGCAGCAAGAUUUGAAUGCGCUGUACAGCAAGAUCUUUGAUGGGCCCACACAAGCGUACCCAGAGGACGAUCGUUUGGAAUAUGUGCUCAAAAGCACCCAAGAUCGCUACAACGAGAUCCAGGGCCGCUUGAAUACCGAAUCGCAAGCCGCGCGCUUCUUGCUGAACGCCGACAAAUCGCUAGACCAGUGUUUGUCCUUCAUCGAGAGCGCACUGGGUUACUCUACUUGGGAUAUGUGGGGAGGUGGCACGAUGAGCGACAUGAUGGAGCGUGAUGCUCUCAGCUCGGCCCAGCAAAGUUCGAUGCGCGCAGAGAUGUUUGUGCAGCAAGCCCAGAUGGCAUCGCGGAUAGUCGGACCCAUUGGACAGAUUUCCAUCGCCCACGGUUCUAUCUUGUCGGAUGUCAUCUUUGAUAACAUCUUUUCCGACAUGGCUUUUCACGGCAAGAUCAAGGAGUCCAAACAAAAUGUAGAAGCAGUACAGUCCAAUCUACAAAAAGAGCUCCUAGCAUCAGCCCAACGAAUAGCAGACAUCACCCGAGAGCUUAGUGUAGAGGCAGACGCCCUCACCGCCGCUCGGAAGGCUUUGGACGACUAUCGGCGCAGCAUAUUCGAUCACGCUGGCGUAGAUUCUAUACCACAGAAUGACUAUCCCAGUUCCAGGGUCGAGAUGCCUCGUGGGCCGCAAGAUCCCCCUCCUUCCCAGGUUGUGUCUGACUUUCAGGGUGCAUAUGCGCCUCCGUUAGGGCCACCGCCACCCCAAUAUGUUGAAAGCGUUUCCCCGGUAUCUGGACUGUUACGAAGCCGUAAGCGGUCUAUGUUUCAUCCCUCUGUCUGUAAUCACCUGGAUCUUGGCAUUAGGCAAUCCCUAUGCAGCUGCUCUCGCUGCCGGGCCGAUAUUCGAUGCAGAGACAGGCCCGGCGCGAAAGGGAUAGAUUUUGUAGUCGUAUUUUACUUGGCCGGACACGAAUGUAUGUUAUCUGGACUUGUGUAGCUGGCCAGCUGAGCCCAGCUUGAUGGGAACAGCUUUAUCCUUAUCCGCUUCACAGCUUUGUAUCAAACAAUCACGCACCCUCUGCUUCCAAUACCGGAAUCUCAAGUCGAGUCUGCCAGCCUGUCAGCCCAGACCACAGUCUCGCUGAUCGAGGCUGUCCAGCGUUUCAUCCAGGGCCUCAUGGGUUCAUUCUCCCGGGCUGUGCAGGCCACUAUCAGCGAUCGUAUGGCACUUGAUCAACGCGACGCGAUGGCCAGUGAUACAUAUAUCGCUAGCAUUCACCGUCCCUUGGCGCACACCCCCUACCCCUCAUGUCGUUUCUGACCCCUAGCACCCUGCGGUUCUCGUUGAGCGACGCAGUCGUCCAGCAGACCGCAUACUAUGAACGGCUCUUAGCCUCUCUCGCGGAGCUGGAGGGCGUGCCGGACGCGUUGGCGGAGCAGAACCGGUUGGUGGACGGGUGGAAGCGGGAGCUGAAGCAGUCGCAAGCGAAGCGGAACCACCUGAAGAGUGAGUUGCCCAUAAGGAAGAUGCGGUACAUGGACGCGAAGGAGCCGGGUCCGGGCCGACUCGUUGCGGCGAUGCUAGGGAAGAGCGCGAAACAUCGGGAGUAUGUGCGCGGGGUCGAACAAGCAUACAAUGACGCACUGCAUGCGGCUAAUGCGGAGGAGACGAAAGUAGAGUCGCUCACGGGCAUGAUCAAAGAGGGGAGCGUUGUCCGUGCGGAGUUGGAGCACAAGCUCCAGCGAUUCGAGAUCACGCGACGAAAUCUGGAUGGGCUUUACAGUCGACUGUUCGACGGACCGACACCAGAUUAUCCCGAAGACGAUCGGCUUGAGAGCGCGAUGCAGGUCGUCUUGGGGCGAUAUAACCAAGCCAAGGGACAGCACGAACACGAAUUGCAAGCGGUCAACCAGCUGCAGAGCGCAGACAGAGCGUUGGCUGCUUGUCUCGCUCAGUUGACCGACGGGGCCAAGUAUGCCAUCAGAGAGGGCGGAACGGCAGAUGCGAUGAAACGGUCUGCGUUGAGUGCGGCGCAGAACCACGCGACUCAGGCCGCGACCUGUAUUCAACAGGCUAUCAUCUUCGUCCCCGAAGUAAGGCUACCUUCGAACAUCUUAACGCAGGGUCCGCUGCUUGGGGAAGUCAACUUCGAUUUUUCGAUCUACGGCACCACAUUACGCAAUAAGAUCAGGUCCUGUAUCUCAUCCGUGGAGUCGACACGCGAGGCGAUACUCACUCAAAUGAACGCAGCGAAGACGCGCGCUUCGAUCAUCGAGUCGGAUCUCACUGAAGAGGCCGAGCUGCUCGAGCAGACGCGUAAAGAGCUGACGGCGUAUCGGAGACAAGUCGUUCAGAGCAUCCUGGAGAAUCCGCCGCCGGAGGAUUUACCGCCCGACUAUCGCUCAGCGCCCUCGUCACCUGUGCAUGGGCCGUCUCUAACGUUGAGUGAUCUGCCGCCGCUGUCUUCACUGGUACUAUCCGCACCAUGAAAAGGCUGCCAUAGAUUCUUGGAAAAUGUUGGACGAGAUCUAUAAUAGAUUGAGUGCUCAAGACGUCUCAUCAACAUCGAGACGUGACGUCGCCGGCCGAGUGUCUGGUGAACGUCUGAACGCACAUCGAGUGCUAGCUUCAGCGCUAAAAAGCUGAACUCUCUGUCGAACCACCUUCCAAGCGGUCUUCACUCACCUAUCAGCGCCGCGCUUAAGCUCUUAGUGGAAUCAUUUCAAUGCAUUCUUCCAGGUUUUCUCUGCAAGCUGCACUCCAUCAGCACUUCACAUCAGCGACGCAAGGUGCUCCUGACUUUGUUUGGGACACGGUCAUGUGACUCAUUGGCUCGCGCUUCAGUCGAAAUCAAUAGUCUUUGGUGGGCCAGAAGCGAGAACCUCAUCAGCCUGAAAGAUCUAAAAAAUCGCUCCAUUGAACUGGGUCUUUGCGGGCAUCUCGAAUUUUCGGUCCAAACUUUGGGCGUCAUCUUCAAGCUAGCUCAAGGCCGAUUUGCUUCGCGACUGGAUGGCCGACGAUCGGCUAUGGAAUACUAAACGCAACGCAAAUGGUAAAGUAUAGUUCCAUGAGAAGAGGUAUCCAGUCAGGAUCCAACUUGUUUCUCGGAUACUCCACAUCUUGUACGGCGGAAUGAAAAUAAAGGUCGAAACUCAUAAGUAGGAGCUGGCUGCGCACGUGACCAAGCUGAAAUGCAUGACUGGCACGUGCCAA